AUGCCUGGAAAUAGCGUCCUUAUUAACGGUGAUUGCGGUGUUGAAGGCCAAGAGUUCACUAUUGAUCAUGGUUUUGCAGAGAUACAUGCACAUCAGUUCAUGAUCAAGGGAAAACCACUUCACUUUAACGGCUUUAACGCCUAUUGGUUAAUGUGUAUGGCUUCUGAUGCAUCAUCAAAAGCCAAGGUUACAGAUGUUUUUCAACAAGCUUCUAAACUAGGGAUGAACGUUGUUCGUACUUGGGGUUUUAGUGAUGGUGGCAACAAACCUUUACAAACCUCUCCUGGUAGUUACAAUGAAGUCAUGUUUAAGGCGUUAGAUUUUGUGAUAUCAGAAGCUAAGAAGUACGGCCUUCGCCUAAUCCUAAGUUUAGUUAAUAACUGGGAUGAUUUUGGAGGUAAAAAGCAAUAUGUUCAAUGGGCUAGGGAUCAAGGUCAUCACUUGAAUAAUGAUGAUGAAUUCUUCUCCAAUGAUGUUACCAGAGGAUAUUACAAGAAUCAUGUGAAGAACUUGCUUAAUCGACGCAACUCAAUCACCGGUGUUGCCUAUAAGGAUGACUCAACCAUCUUUGCAUGGGAGCUAAUGAAUGAACCUCGUUGCCAAUCCGAUUUAUCAGGAAAAACUUUCGAGGAUUGGAUAGUAGAAAUGGCAACACAUAUUAAAUCCAUUGACAAGAAGCAUCUUCUUGAAGUUGGGCAUGAAGGAUUUUAUGGAGAAUCGAUGCCUGAGAAGAAACAAAAUAAUCCCGGCUAUGAAGUUGGGACCGACUUCAUUUCAAAUAACCGUAUCAAGAAUAUAGAUUUUGCUACAAUCCAUCUGUAUCCUGAUCAAUGGGUUCCGGGGGCAAGUGAUGAAGCUAGAGAUGAAUUUGUGAAAAAAUGGAUCACUUCCCAUAUUGAUGAUUGCAAAUCUGUCAUUGGAAAACCUCUACUCAUUGCGGAAUUUGGAAGGUCUUCCAAUACUGCGGGUUACAAGGUUGAACAAAGGGAUGCGUACUUUAGUAGCAUAUUCAACAUGGCCUAUGAAAGUGCAAAAAGUGGUGGGUCGUGUUCGGGAACAACAUUUUGGCAAGUCAUGGCACAAGGAAUGGAGAACUGGGGUGAUGGCUACCAAGUUGUGUUGGAGCAAAACCCCUCAACCGCAGCACUAAUCGGGAAACAAUCUAAAAAAAUUGCUUCACUCGCCUCGCCGAUGAUAAUAUAAGCUUUGUUUACUAGUUAAACAACCAUCUCAACAAGUAGUCAUAUUUGGUGUGAUAGAACAGCUUUCACCCUCCAAGGUUACUUUAUGAAAAAGAAACUUAAUAAUACUAAGAAUAAAAUAAAAAUUUGAUCUUUGAUUUAAAGAAUGUAUUGUUGCUUGUAAUGUUCAAUUUGGUAAUACUAUUUACGAAAUAAUAAA